AAGCAGCAGCUACAAGAAAAGGAAAACAUGUGCAGUUUUGUCAGACACACGCCUUAUCUUGAGCUGCUUUAACAUACUCGAUGACAGCCAACUGAGGUAGUAUCACAAUAACCAGUAAGGACUGGGAUUACACAAUCCAGGACUUGGAUUAUAAACACUAAUCAAGAAAAAGCAAUUUUCACCGAAGAUGGAAAAUGCAAAUCACUCUGACUGUACUAUUAAUAAGCAGAUGGAGCCAUUUACAUAUUUCUAUUACCUGAUUUUCCUAAUUGGAUUUAUUGGAAGCUGCAUAGCUCUAUGGGCAUUCAUUCACAAAGACAAAAAUCGAAUGUGUAUGAACAUCUACCUCAUAAACCUAUUAACAGCUGACUUCUUGCUAACUUUAGCUCUACCAUUUAAAAUUGCUGUUGAUCUUGGCAUUGCACCGUGGACAUUAAAAAUUUUCCACUGUCAAGUUACAGCUUGCCUUAUUUACAUUAACAUGUAUGCUUCAAUAAUAUUUUUGGGAUUUGUAAGCAUGGAUAGAUAUCUUCAAAUAAGUACAAGCUCAAAAUUUUUUCGCAUACAAGAACUUGGAUUUGCCAAAAUGUUAUCAGUUGUUGUUUGGGGAUUAGUUCUCUUAAUAAUGGUUCCAAACAUGCUAAUUCCAAUUAAAAGUAUUAAUGAAAAGCCCAUGGUUUCCUGCAUGGAAUUUAAGACUAAGAUUGGAAUGCACUGGCAUGUGCUGACAAACUUCAUUUGUGUGACAAUUUUCAUAAACUUUUCCACAAUUAUUCUGAUUUCAAAUUGCCUUGUUUUCAGGAAACUCUACAAGAGAAAUGAUCAAAACUACAUAAAUGUAAAGCGAGCUAUGUUAAAUAUUCUCAUUUUGACUGCUGUAUAUGUAGUUUGCUUUGUUCCUUAUCACAUUGUUCGAAUCCCAUAUACUCUAAGCCAGAGUGAUGUCAUUACUGACUGUUCCCAGAAGCAGUCUUUGUUUUGGGCAAAGGAAUCAACUUUACUUCUGGCAGUUCUGAGUUUGUGUUUUGAUCCUCUACUUUACUUUCACAUGUCCAAUACAUUUCGGGUGAAAAUUAAGGAGACAUUUUUGGCUCCUGGAGACAAUUCAAACAGGAAAUCCUCAACAGACAGAACCAAAUUAUAAGAAAAGAAAAGAGAUAAUCCAGAUGCAUUUGCUUUUCCAUUGUUGUGCUAUGAAGGAAUUGAUGUAGGUGGCAUUUCUGAAGCUCAUAUUAUGCAACUUGAAAGAAGUGUUGCUUUCUUUUUUUCAAAAAUGAUAGGCAUACGUUGUCUAAAACUCAGAUCAGAAAUACUAUCACAAUUCAGGCAAAUAACUGACAAAAACAUAAAAAAGAUAAGUAAAGACAGCCAUCACCAUGAGCAAGGAAGCACUUUGUGAAUGUUUUCCAUUCAUUUGCAUUCUCAUCCGCAUCUCUGUUAUUAAACAAAAGUUAAUUCUGUGUUGAGUUCUUCUGGUUCAGCUAUAUAUGUCAAGUGUUUUAUGUACUUUGAAUUAGGAAAGUAGAAAGCCCUUCCCAUAUGUAAGCUGAAAACCGUCAUCCUGAAGUAACUCAACCCCAUGUGUAUAAGGUGAAUCUUUUCUAAAGUCUGCAAUUAAAUCAUAACACAUAAUUUCUGGAUGCAGCACUCAUCUACUGAUGCUGACACAAAAAUACUGCAGGUGAAUAUUAUUCUACAGCAGCAAAACAUUUUAUUCAUUCUGCAUUACUGUUUAAUGUAACUGUGUGUAUUUAUUAAACUAUUUCAUUUUGAAUCA